AUGGAUCAGAACCUGUUUGGAGGAGCCCCCAGGUUCCUCACAAGACCAAAGGCAUUUGCAGUGUGUGUGGGCAAGGAUGCCACUCUUAGCUGCACCAUCGUGGGCAGCCCAACCCCACUGAUCACCUGGGAAAAGGAGAAGCUGAAGCUGACAUCUGGGGGCCGCUUCAAGACUGUGGAGGAUGGAGAUGUGUACCGUCUGACCAUCUAUGAUUUAACACUGGAGGACAGUGGCCAGUACAUGUGCCGGGCCAAAAACAGUGUUGGGGAGGCUUAUGCUGCUGUCACCCUCAAAGUGGCCCUGCCAACUGAGUUGGUGCAGAGGGCCCCUGUUUUCAUGGUUAAGCCCACCUCUGCACGUGUCGGCUUGGGAGGUGAUGUGAUUUUCCACUGCCGGGUCGCAGCCCACCCCGACGCUAACUUUGAUUGGGAGAAAGAUGGCCGCUACUUGGCGGAGACUAACCGCAUCAAGAUUGUUUCAGACAGCGACAGCAGCUCUCUGAGGAUCCAAAGCGUACGCAACCUCGAUAGUGGCACCUACACCUGCAGGGCCCAGAACUCUGUAGGUCGGGCACAAGCUGCUGCCGCUCUUGUUGUGGACACUCAGGAUUCUCGCCACCUGGGUGCAGAUAAGAACACCUCGCUCCUUUCUCACCUCCAGAAACGCAAAGAGGAAAUGAAGAAGGACAUCUCCAUCUAUCAUACUGAAGACAACAGCUCCUUAGUUUCAUCCUCCACAACCAACAUGGCUGAUGGCUUGAGUGCUUUGAGUCUGGAACAUGACCUGAGGGCAUCCACCCUGGCAAAGCUGCCGAAAGGUGUGUUCACUCGUACCUGCACAGUGACAGAGGGCAAACAUGCCAAACUCAGCUGCUUUGUGACUGGUCACCCAAAGCCCCAUAUCAUCUGGAGGAAGGAUGGCACCAACAUCAGUGAGGGCCGUAGGCAUGUCAUUUAUGAGGACCAAGCUGAGAAUUUCAUCCUCAAGAUCCUGUACUGCAAGCAGAGUGACAAUGGCCUCUACACCUGCAAUGCAACUAACAUGGCUGGGCAGACCUACAGCGCUGUGUUGGUGAUUGUUAAAGAGCCUAAGGUGCCGUUCAGGAGGAAGCUGCAAGAUGUGGAGGUGCAAGAAAAAAUGUCAGCUACACUGAUGUGUGAGGUACCAGUUUCUGCCACCAAAGCCAACUGGUUCAUGGAGGAAACACGCCUACAGCAAAGUGCCAAGUAUAACAUGCAGGAAGAGGGCACUGUGCGCCGCCUCACCAUCCACAAUGUCACCACCAAUGAUGAUGCUGUUUACAUCUGUGAGAUGAACGAGGGAAGUCGCACAGUGGCCGAGCUCACUGUACUGGGUAACAUUACUAAGAAGCUUCCCCGCAGGACAGUUGUUCCCAUCAGUGAUACAGUCAUCUUCUGUGUGGAGCUGGAACACCCUUGUCCAGAUGCCUACUGGACCCGCAAUGGCGAGAAGUUGAAAGAGGAUUCACGGGUUUCCAUUGCCUGCAUGCUCAGACAAUACACACUCACCAUCAGAGAUUGCCAGGCUGAUGACUCAGGAGAGGUGGCCUUUGUGGCAGGAGACUGCAAGACCUCCACGCGAUUCUCUGUCACUGCUGCAAGAAAGCAUCCCCCAGAUCCCCCAGUUGAUGCUGUGGUGCAGAACAAGACCGACUCAUCCAUCACCCUUCAGUGGUCUCCUCCAGACAGUGACCGUCCUGUACCGAUUAAGAGCUACAUUGUGGACAGGAAGAAGGUGGGCGCUCAAACAUGGCAGAGGUGCAACGCUACAGAAACCAUCGUCUCAACCGAGAUGACCAUCUGCAACUUCACUGAAGAGGCCACCUAUCAGUUCCGUAUCUCCGCAAUCAAUGACUUUGGCCAGAGCCCUUACCUGGAGGUGCCUGGAAGCUUCUACCUCGAACCCAGAGCAGAAGUGAGGAAGGGUCUGAUGAACAGCACUGCCGUCUCUGGUGAGGAGGCGUCUCUCUCCGUGGAACUGUCUGCUGUUUGUUCUGGCUUCUGGUCCCUAAACGGCCGCCUCCUGCGCAGUGGGGGUGACUACCUCAUCACCAGGUCUAAGAACAUACACACCUUGGUCAUCCGCACUGUGUCCAUGGAUCUGAAUGGAGCUGAAGUCAAGUUUGUGGGUGGAGGCUCAGAGACCAGAUGCAUUUUAAGCGUGAAGGCUCCUCCUGUUAGAUUCAUCAAGUCAGAUCAGAUGGACGUGGUGACCUGCAGUGCCCAAGCCUCAGCUCAGCUGACCACUGAGGUGUCAGAUUAUGACGCACAGGUCAUUUGGAUGAGAAAUGGGCGAGAGGUGAAAGUGGGGAAGAAGUAUGAGUAUGUGAUCAUAGACCGGAAGAGAAUCCUGAUAGUACACAAUGUUACAGAGGAGGAUGUGGGCAUCUAUGAGUGUGUUUUAGAUGGUUCCAGAAUGUCCCUGCAACUUGCUCUUAAAGAUGAACCUGUAAAAUUUCUGAACAAGCCCAGAGGUACCAUGGGAAUGGCAUCGGUUCUCAAAGGAGACCUUGAGUUGACUUGUGAGGUGUCUUCUGCUAGCGCGGUCGUUGUGUGGAAGAAAGAUCAGGUGGAACUCACUGAGGACCAAAGAACCACCGUCAUCUCAAAAGGGACUCAAAGGAAACUCAUUAUCAAGAAAGCCAAGAAAAGUGACGAGGGACACUACUCAUGUGAGACCGCAGCAGACAAAGUCACAUUCCAGGUCAAGAUUAAAGAAACCCUACCCCAAGCUGCUUUCUCCAACACGGAGUCAGUCCAGAAGGAGGUGACCGCCAUUCUGUCGCACAAAGCCACUCUGAGUUGCGAUGUGUCUGACAGCAAGACAGAGGUGAAGUGGUACAAAGAUGGCAAACUCUUGGUAUCAAGUAAGACGGUAUACUCUGAGACAAAAGGCAAGACUCGUCAGCUGGUGAUAGAAAAUGUAGAGAAGAACGAUGCUGGAGAGUACAUCUGUGAAGCAGGAGGGGAGAAGCUGAUCUUUAAGAUAUUCGUGUCAGACAUCCAGGUCCAGUCUGCCUUCUUCAACAAGGAGUCAGUCCAGAAGGAGGUGAAAACUACUCUCUCCCAGAAAGCCACACUCAGCUGUGAGGUGGCUGAUGCCAAGACAGAUGUGAAGUGGUACAAGGAUGGCAAGCUGCUGACCUCCAGCAGGACAAUCCAUGUUGAGUCAAAGGGCAAGAGUCGUCAGCUGGUGAUAGACAGCGUGGAGAAGAAGGAUGCUGGCGAGUACAUCUGUGAGGCUGGGACUGAGAAGAUGGCGUUUAAAGUAAAGGUGGAAGAAAUCCAGGCCAAAUCUGCUUUCUUCAACAAAGAGUCAGUCCAGAGGGCAGUUAAAGCUACUCUCUCCCAGAAAGCCACACUCAGCUGUGAGGUGGCUGAUGCCAAGACAGAGGUGAAGUGGUACAAAGAUGGCAAGCUGCUGACUUCCAGCAGGACAAUCCAUGCAGAAUCAAAGGGCAAGAGUCGUCAGCUGGUGAUAGACAGCGUGGAGAAGAAGGAUGCUGGAGAGUACAUCUGUGAGGCUGGGACUGAGAAGCUGGUGUUUAAAGUACAGGUGGAAGAAAUCCAGGCCAAGUCUGCUUUCUUCAACAAGGAGUCAGUCCAGAAGGAGGUGAAAGCUACUCUCUCCCAGAAAGCCACACUCAGCUGUGAGGUGGCUGAUGCCAAGACAGAGGUGAAGUGGUACAAAGAUGGCAAGCUGCUGACCUCCAGCAGGACAAUUCAUGUUGAGUCAAAGGGCAAGAGUCGUCAGCUGGUGAUAGACAGCGUGGAGAAGAAGGAUGCUGGCGAGUACAUCUGUGAAGCUGGAACUGAGAAGCUGGUCUUUAAGAUUCAGGUGUCAGAAGCCCCAGCUGCCUUUUCCAACAAGGAGUCAGUCCAGAAGGAGGUGAAAGCUACUCUCUCCCAGAAAGCCACUUUGAGCUGCGAGGUUUCCGAUUCCAAGACGGAGGUGAAGUGGUACAAGGACGGCAAGCUGCUGACUUCCAGCAAGACUGUGCACAUGGAGUCCAAGGGCAAGAGUCGUCAGCUGGUGAUAGAGAAGAUGGAGAAGAAGGAUGCUGGAGAAUAUACCUGUGAGGCUGGAACAGAGAAGCUGGUGUUCAAGCUCCAGGUGACAGAUGCAGCGGCCAAGUUCCAGAAGAAAUCUGUCAAGGAUACAUGUAUUGUUGAAGCGAGUGAGAGGAUCGUUUUGACCACUGAAGUGACCACAGAGAGUGCUAAUGUGAAGUGGUUUAGGGACGGUGUGGAGAUCAAGGAGGGCAACAAGUAUGAAAUUAAAAUAGAUGGCCUUUCUCGUACCCUCAUUAUUAAAUCCUCUGAAGCCAAAGACAGUGGAGCAUACUCCUGUCAAACCGCUGAUGACAAACUGGAGUUUAAAGUUCAGGUCAAAGAGGUACCACUGAAGUUUGUGGCGCCUUUGAAGCCAGUUACCAUAGACUUGGGUGGCACACUUAGCCUGAUGUGUGAACUAAACCAAGCCUCAGGGGAUGUUGUUUGGCAGCAUGACGGUCGUGACAUUAAACCUGGUGGAAGAUUCUCUAUCAGCACAGAAGGUGCUAAGCGGUUCCUUACUGUGACGGACAUGGCAAAGGAGGAUGAGGGAGAAUAUAGCUGUGAAUGUAAAAAUGACAAGACUUCCGCUAAAGUCUCCUCAAAAGCACCCAGACUAGUGAGGCUGACUGCCAAGCUGAACAAUGUGGUUGCAGUGGAGGGAAAAGAAGCCAUUUUUAAAUGCUCUGUCACCCCAGCAGAUGCCAGUGUUAAAUGGUUCCGCAACAAUGUGCCCAUCACUGCUGGACCAAAGUAUAAGAUUGAGCAUGGUGGCAACAGCCACUCACUCACCAUCACCUCUGUCACCCAGGAGGAUGCUGGGGAGAUCAGCGUUGACGCAGAAGGCAAAGGCUGCAAAGCUACUCUGCAAGUGCAACAGAUACCCGUGACAUUUAAGAAGAAGCUGGAAAACCUGACAGUGGAGGAACAGGUGGAAGUGAAGUUGGAGGUGGAGCUCAGUAAGCCAUCAGCUGAUGUCAAGUGGAUGAAAAACAGUGUAGUGCUUCAGCCCACAGGAAACAUGGAGAUUCGGGUAGAUGGAACCAAGCAGACUCUGGUUUUCAAGAGUGUGACCCAUGCUGACCGUGGCUUCUACUCCUGUGAAACUUUAGAUGACAAGACCGAGGCCAAGCUCACUGUGGAGAUGAGAAAGAUCCAGUUAGUGAAGGGCUUAACAGAGACCAAGGCUCAAGAAACAGAAACUGUGACUCUUGAGGUAGAACUCAACCAGGCUGAUGUCGAAGGCUCCUGGACCAGGAAUGGAACUAAGAUAAAGACAGGGCCAAACUGCCGUAUCACAGCUCUUGGAAAGAAGCAUGCUCUUACUCUGUCUCAACUCAAGAUGGAGGAUGCGGGAACAAUUGCCUUCCAAGCUGAGGGUGUCCGUACUUCCGGCAAACUAAUUGUCACAGAACCUCCUGCUAUGAUUUCAAAUCCCAUGAUGGAUAUCAGUGUCCCUGAGAAGGAAAAGGUCACUUUUGAAUGUGAAGUGUCCAGAAGCAAUGCGGACGUUAAGUGGUUCAAGGGUGACAUGGAGUUGAAACCAGGGAAGAACUUCAGCAUUCAUUCCCUUGGCCGAAAACGCACUUUAGUCAUCCAGAAAUGUGCCCCUGAAGAUCAAGGCACUUACAUCUGCCGCACUUCUGAUGAUAACACUUCAGCUAAGCUCACUGUUCACGCCAGAGAUAUUAAGAUUGUUAAGAAGCUGGUGGAUGUGGAGGUGAUGGAAAAAGAAAGCGCUUCAUUUGUCUGCGAAAUCUCACACGAUGAGGUGGACUGCCAGUGGUAUAGAGGAAGUGCCAAACUCAAAGUCGGUGACAACAUCAAAAUGAGGCAAGAGGGCAGAAACUAUGUGCUGAUAUUUAGGUCUGUGACCCCAGAAGAUAUGGGUGAGAUUAAAUUUACAGCUGAGAAAGCCUCUUCAACUGCAAAGCUCAAAGUGAAAGAGCUACCUGUCAAGUUUGUGAAGAGACUAAGAGAUAAGAUAGCGAUGUACAAGCAUCGUGGUCAUCUUGAGUGCCAAGUGUCCCGUGCCAGCGCGAAGGUGAAGUGGUACAAGAACAAGACGGAGAUCAAGCCCAGCAAGAAGUAUGAAAUCAAAAGUGAAGAUGUCUACCGAAAACUCACCAUCAAUGAUGUGGGCUCAGGGGACGAAGACACGUACACCUGUGAUGCCACCGAUGACAAGACAUCCUGUAAACUGCUUGUGGAAGAGCAGGCCAUCAGCAUUGUGCGGGAGCUGAGUGCAGUCGAAGUGACAGAGCCCUUCGCUGCCGUGUUUGAAGUUGAAAUCAGUAUGGAACUGGUGAAACCUCCUGUAUGGACACUGAAUGGAGUUGCUGUGCAGGAGAGCGCUGAUGUUGAGAUGGAGAAAGAAGGCACCAUGCACCGCCUCACCUUCAAAAAGACCAAAGCAUCCAUGACAGGCCCUGUGCAGUUUACUGCUGGCAAGAGCAAAUCUGUUGCCCAACUCACAGUUAAAGAGCGUCCUCUUGAGGUUUUAGAGCCCAUCAAAGAUGUGAAGGCAAAGGAGAAAGGCUCAGCUACACUCAGCUGUAAAUUCUCUGCUAUACCCAAAGAUGUUAGCUGGUUUAAAGGACAAGUGCCUCUGGCAACAUCAGACAAAUAUAGCAUUAGGCAGGAUUCUUCACGGGCUCAACUCACCAUUCAAAAGUUGACUGGAGAGGAUAGUGGAGAGUACCACUGUCAGUCCGGAGCUGCUGAGACCAAAGGAACACUUACUGUUGAAGAGCGUGAAAUUAAGAUCACCAAACACUUGACAGACAUAGAGGUUGAUGAAGACAGUGAUGCUGUGUUCACCUGUGAGAUAAACUAUGCAGAUGAAGAAGUGCAAUGGUUGCUGAAUGACAAGGUGCUCUUUACCAAUGAUGUCAACACCAUCACUCAUGAAGGAAAGGUUCACAAGCUCACAUUGAAGAACUUGGCACCGCAGGAUGGGGGCAAUAUCACCUUUAAAGUCCGUAAGGUCAAAGAGUCUGUCACACUAAAGGUUAAAGAGAAGCGAGCGGUAUUUCUCAAGUCUCUAGAUGAUGUGGUGGGAGAGGAAAAAGGCAUGAUAACGCUGACAUGCGAGGCCUCCAAGCCUAGGGUUUCCCCCACAUGGAAGAAAGAAGGUAAAGUCCUGAAGGCUGGACCAAAGUAUGAGCUCCUUCACACCGGCAAGUCCUUGGGAUUGAUCAUCAAGGAUGUCACUAUGGAAGAUGCUGGAGAGUACAGCUGUGAUCUUGGAACUGAGGUUUCAAAGUCAAAGGUCACUGUAAGAGAAAUUGGCAUCGGCAUUACCAAAUGGCUGAAGUCAGCUGAGGUGAAUGAGGGAGAGACAUGUAGUUUCGAGUGCAUCUUAUCUCGGGAAAGCACAGAUGAGUGUUCCUGGACUCUUAAUGGCCAAACCAUUACAAAUGGAGGUCGUUUCAAGAUCACAAGUAAAGGACGCAAGUACACUCUGACAGUAAAGGAUGUCACACCUGAUGAUGCUGGAGAGGUGGUCUUCAACAUUAAAGACCUGAGCUCCAAAACAACAUUAGCAGUUGAAGGCAAAGCUUCAUCUGUAUCAAAGGGACUACAGAACGUUAGUGCUCAUCCAGGGGAAGAUGCAGUGUUCAUCUGUGAGGUAACACAGGUUAGCUCCACUGUGAAGUGGGCCAAGGAGAGCAAGUCCAUCAAGAAGAGCCAGAAGUAUGAUCUCAGCCAAGACGGAAAGGUCAUGAAGCUGACCAUUCGUAACGUCUCUGCUCAGGACUCUGGAGAGUACAGUUGUGAAGUUGUUGGAGGAGCAACCACCAAGGCCAAGCUGGAGAUCAAAGAGCCAGUCCAUAAAUUCACCCGAGAGCUAAAGGACAGCCAAGCAGAGGAGAAGGGCUCUGUGACUCUGCAAUGUGAGACUGCACAAACCCCAUCCAAGGUAUUGUGGUUUAAAGGUAGCACAGAGCUCAAGGCUGGAGGCCGAUACGAGAUGUCCCAGAAGGACGGGGUCUCUACUCUCACCAUCAAACACCUGGAGGACAAAGACAGUGACCUCUACACAUGUGAUGUGGGUACUGCUAAGAGCAUGGCAAAAGUGACUGUCAAAGCAUUACCGGUGACCUUCAAGCAGAGGCUGGAGAGCCAGGAGGCUGAAGAGGGAGGCAGUGUCACCCUGCACUGUGAGCUCUCUAAACCUGAGAUCCCUGUGGAAUGGAAGAAGGGAACACAGGCGCUGCAGUCUGGAGAAAAAUAUCAGAUGAAGCAGAAGGCCUCUGUGAAUGAACUCCUGAUCAACAAAGUUGUGCCAGAAGACAGUGGAGAAUACAGCUGUGUGUGCGGAGACCAGAAGACCACAGCUAGUGUCAAGAUCAAGGCCCAACCAGUGACCUUCAAACAGAAGCUGGAGAGCCAGGAGGCUGAAGAGGGAGGCAGUUUCACCCUGCACUGUGAGCUCUCUAAACCUGGGGUCCCUGUGGAGUGGAAGAAGGGAACACAGGCGCUGCAGUCUGGAGAAAAGUACCAGAUGAAGCAGAAGGCCUCUGUGAAUGAACUCCUGAUCAACGAAGUGGUGCCAGAAGACAGUGGAGAAUACAGCUGUGUGUGUGGAGAUCAGAAGACCACAGCCAGUAUCAAGAUCAAGGCCCAACCAGUGACCUUCAAGCAGAAGCUGGAGAGCCAGGAGGCUGAAGAGGGAGGCAGUGUCACCCUGCACUGUGAGCUCUCUAAACCUGGGGUCCCUGUGGAGUGGAAGAAGGGAACACAGGUGCUGCAGUCUGGAGAAAAGUACCAGAUGAAUCAGAAGGCCUCUGUUACUGAACUCCUGAUCAACAAAGUGGUGCCAGAAGACAGUGGAGAAUACAGCUGUGUGUGUGGAGACCAGAAGACCACAGCCAGCCUCAAGAUCAAGGCCCAACCAGUGACCUUCAAACAGAAGCUGGAGAGCCAGGAGGCUGAAGAGGGAGGCAGUGUCACCCUGCACUGUGAACUCUCUAAACCUGGGGUCCCUGUGGAGUGGAAGAAGGGAACACAGGUGCUGCAGUCUGGAGAAAAGUACCAGAUGAAGCAGAAGGCCUCUGUGAAUGAACUCCUGAUCAACAAAGUUGUGCCAGAAGACAGUGGAGAAUACAGCUGUGAGUGUGGAGACCAGAGGACCACAGCCAACCUCAGGAUCAAGGCCCAACCAGUGACCUUCAAACAGAAGCUGGAGAGCCAGGAGGCUGAAGAGGGAGGCAGUGUCACCCUGCACUGUGAGCUCUCUAAACCUGGGGUCCCUGUGGAGUGGAAGAAGGGAACACAGGUGCUGCAGUCUGGAGAAAAGUACCAGAUGAAGCAGAAGGCCUCUGUUACCGAACUCCUGAUCAACAAAGUGGUGCCAGAAGACAGUGGAGAAUACAGCUGUGUAUGUGGAGACCAGAAGACCACAGCUAGUGUCAACAUCAAGGCUGCCAAACAGGAAUCCAAGAGGCAAGAGACCAAACAAACAGUGGAAGGCCUAAAAUGUUUUAUCACAGUGGUGAAGCUGCCAGCUUCUUCAGUGGCUGCCAAAUAAGAGUCUAACAAGCAAGACAGCAAAAAAUUAGGCUAAUCUCUUCCAGUCAUAUUCACUCGAGAACUGGAGAGCCACGAAGCUGAGGAGGGAGGCUGUGUCACCCUGCACUGUGAGCUCUCUAAACCUGGGGUCCCUGUGGAGUGGAGGAAAGGAGAACUGGGUCUUUGCCCUUGUGCCAAAUAUGACAUUAGACAGAAUGGCCACAUUGCCACACUCGUAAUCCAUGAUGUAGACGUAGAGGAUUCUGGGAAUUACACAUGUGACAUUGGUGAUUGUCAAAGCACUGCACAACUAGUUGUAAAGGCCAAGGCUGUCUUUUUCAAAACACAGCUGGAAAACCUUGACAGGCAGGCAGGGGAGACAGCUACUCUUCACUGUGAAACCACAAAACCAGGAGCCCGGGUGGUCUGGAGGUGUGGUGACAGGGUGCUGGAGUCUAGCAGCAAAUACCAACUGAAACAGGAAGGCGCCGUAGUAGAGCUUGUAAUCUAUAAACUACGGGAGGCUGACUCAGGAGAAUACUCCUGUGACACAGGCAGCCAGAAGACAUCAGCUAUUCUCACUGUGCAGGAGCUUGAGGUUACCAUAGUGAAAUUCUUGGAGAGCUGUGUCGUGUGCGAGGGAGAAGAUGUCCACUUUUCAUGCCUGGUUUCUCAUGAGGAGGCAUCCCUGGCCCAAUGGAAACUCCAGGACGUCCCACUACAGAAUAAUGAGAUGAACGUGAUCCAGACUGAGGGCCGGGUGCACAGCCUCACACUCAGAGGUGUCACCAAGGCAGACUCAGGCAUUAUCACCUUUACAGUGGGUAACCACACUUCCACUGCUUGUCUUACAGUCAGAGUGGCACCUGUUGUAUUCAAGAAGGAGCUGGAGAGCCAAGAUGCCCUGGAAGGAGGCAAAGCCACCCUGUCCUGUGAGAUAUCCAGCCCUGAUGGCAAGGUGACCUGGAGGAAGGGUCCAACUGUGCUCACCCAGGGGGAGAAGUACUCUAUGGAGCAUAGAGGUUCCAUCCAGAUCCUGGUGGUCCAUAAGCUGAAUGCGGAAGAUAGUGGAGAGUACACCUGUGAUACAGGGGACAAGCAAAGCACUGCUACCCUGACGGUGAAAGAGUGUGUGCGUAUCAUCCGAGAACUCUGUGAUAUCACCGUGACCACUGGACAGGAUGCUGUCUUUGAGGUUGAGUUGUCACACUCAGGGGUAACAAAUGGGGAGUGGUGGCUCGGAGACAACCUCCUCCAAAAUAAUGAUCUGAAUGAAAUGAGCUGCCAAGGUAGAGUGCACCGCUUGGCCCUGAAGAUGGUGACUACAGAUGAAUCAGGCGAUGUGGCCUUUGUUGUAGGAGAAGAGAAGAGCGUGGCCUGUCUUCUGGUGGAGGAGAAACCCAAAGUGCUAAUACUAGAGAAGCCACACAACACACUGGCUUUAGAGGGUGAGACUGUCACCCUGUCCUGCACCAUCUCUGACCCCAAGGCCACUGUCACCUGGAUCAGGAACAACAUGGCCAUCAAAGCCGGGGUCAAAUACGACUUGAAGAAGAAUGGAGCGUUCCAACAGCUCCGCAUCCACAACCUGGUGCCAGAAGACUCAGGAACAUACUCCUGUGAUACAGGAGACGCACAUUGUGACAUCACCUUGACUGUGGAAGGUGCCCCAGCAUUCUUCAAGAAAGAGCUCAAGAACCAGGAAGCCAUAGAGGGUGAUGAUGUUAUACUUUGCUGUGAGCUGUCUAAGCUGGGUGUUCACGCUGAAUGGAGGAAAGGAGGUGUAGUGCUCCACCCUGGUAAGAAGUAUGAGAUGAGGCAGAAUGGAUGCAUUCACGAGCUCUGUGUACGGAACCUGGAGCCUGAAGACAAUGGCUACUAUACCUGUGACGUAGGAGACCAACUCACUACAGCCUUUUUGGCAGUGCAAGUGAAAGAGGUCUACAUUGUGUCUGGUCUAAAGGCCAUCGAUGUCUUUGUUGGGGAAUGGGCCACCUUCUCCUGUCAGCUGUCUGGUAGGAUAGCUGGCAAGGUACAGUGGUGGCUGGAUGGCACCUUGCUGGAGAACAGCCCCUUCAGUGAGAUUGGGCUGAACCGGGGCCAUAUCCACACACUGACCUUAAAGAACCUGGCCACAGAUGACUCUGGCACAGUCAUGUUCAAAGCCGGCAGUGUGGUGUCAACAGCCAAGCUCUUAGUCAAAGAUCCCACAGUUGAAGUGGUGAGCGAGAUGGAGGACCUUGAGGUGGUCGAAGACCAACCGGCUGAGUUCAUCUGCCAGUACUCAAGGCCAGUCAAGGCACAGUGGAGGAAAGACGGGCGGCCAUUGCAGCCUGAUGGCCGAAGGGUGGUAGUGGAGCAGGACUGGAAUGUGGCUCGCUUGUACAUUAGCCGUGUGUCCGCUGCGGACAGGGGCACAUACUCCUGUGAGGCAGAGGGGACCUGCGUGGUUGCCUCACUGCAUGUGGCAGCCAAACCCAUUGGCAUUGUCCAGGGCCUGGAGAAUGUGGAAACCUUCGAUGGCGGCGAAGCGCUAUUUGAGUGUGCUCUUUCUCGUCCUGAGAACAAAGACUGCCGCUGGCUUCUAAAUGGCAGACCAGUGAAGGAGUCGCCUAAUGCUGAGAUUGUUUCAUUUGAGAGUGGCCGUCGUCAUCUCCUCUUACUGAAAGAGCUGCGAGUUGAAGACAGUUGUACAGUGACCUUCCAAGCUGGCAUAGCUUCCACAUGUGCCCAGCUCUCUGUCAAGGGAUGGCAGCUGGACAUUGUGAAGGGUCUGGAGGACAAGGUGGCUGCAGUAGGAGAGAAGGUUGAAUUUUGUGUUGAGCUGACUGAGCCUGUCCCUGUGGCGGAGGUUGCUUGGUACGCCAACGGGGUUGAGAUAAAACCCAGUGACAUCUGGGCCAUGAGGAUUGAUGGCCGUUCUUACCGCCUUGUCUUGAGACAGGCACCUCUCUUACCCCAGCAGGAAAUCACAUUUGCAGCCAGAGAUGCUAUCUCUUUGGCCAAACUCACCAUUAUCACUGUACCUGAUCCUCCAGAGGACCCAGAGAUCCUCAGUAAGACUAAGCAAUCUGUUACCCUUUCUUGGUUCACUCCUCUACAUGAUGGAGGCAGUCCUGUUUUGGGCUAUAGGGUAGAGAUGCGGCUGGUGGACAGUGCCCUCUGGCUGCCAUGUCAUUCAGAACCUGUGUGUAACACAGAGUUUGUAGUUGAAAAUCUCAUCCCGGGCAGUGCCUACAGAUUUAGAGUAGCGGCCAUCAACAGAGCCGGGACUGGAGAGCCUGUUCAGCUGCCUCAGACAGUGCAGCUUGGUACAGAGGUAAAGCAGGCAGAGCCGGAGGAAGUGGAGCAGCCCUGUCUGCCCCCUGAAGCUGCUGAAGAAGGUGACCUCCAUGAGCUAUGGGAGGCGUUGGCCAAGAAACGCCGUAUGAGCCGAGAGCCCACUCUGGACUCCAUACCUGAGGAGGAUGGUAAAGGUGGUCAGGAUAAAUCAGGACAGAAGGAAGUGAAGACAUCAGAGAAAGUGGAAGUGAAGUCAGCAGAGGAGCAGGCUGUUGUGCCAAAGAAGCAGCCAGAGCCCAACUUUUCCAUCAGCUCUGAGGAUGAGUCUGUGUCUGGUGGUCCAACACUUGUGUCCUACCUCAAGAAGAGCAGCAAGUCUGCUGUCUCACAAGCCUGCGACACAGAGACUCUGUCCACUGAGAGGUUCUUUGCACAUUUCAAGAUGACAGAUGAGAAAAUAGUACAGCAGACUGAAGUGAAAACUACCUCAGUUCAGCAGACAGAAAUAAAGCAAGUGAACGAAGAAACAACUAACAUUAUGGAGAUCAGUAAGGACGAUGAACCUGAGCUCAGAGAGGCUGCCAUUAAGAUCCAGGCUGCAUUUAAGGGCUACAAGGCCCGCAAGGAUAUGCGUCCUGUCUUUAGAGAGGUCUUUAAGGACCAAACCAAAGAACCUAACGGCACCAUACAUCUGGAAUGUGUGGCAGAAGGUAAACCUGACAAGGUGCGAUGGCUGAAGGAUGGAGAGCCCCUGUCAGAUGGCAAGCACCACCAUAUCGAUAUCUACAAUGAUGGUACCUGUUCCCUGGUCAUCACUGCCAUCACCACCAAGGACACUGGGGUUUACACAUGUGAGGUCACCAACAAAUUUGGAGUCACCUCUCAUAGUGGUAAGGUGACAGUGGGAACCGUGAGAGAAUCAUCUGGGAGACGACCACUGACGGUGGGCUAUAGUGCUGACAGCGAACCUGAGAGCUCCUCGGGUAGUGAGAUGGAUGAGUCACUUAGGAUGGCCAGCAGACGCCUUCGCCGCCUAUUGCGCACACGUCUGCCACCAGAUGUGGAGGAAGAACCAUUUGUCAGUGCAGACGAAGGAGACCUGCGCCCCCCAGAUCCCCACUCCUACCGUGAGGAUGACCGUUACAUCUACAUUCGCUUUGAUACACGGGCGGAGGCUGAGGUUGCCUCGCAGAGGUUCCAGGAGAUGUUCACAGCCCAAGGGGUUCCUGUGGAGACCACCAUCCUGGAGGCAGGACCUGUCAAAGUAGAGCUGCGAAUUAUGAAGAUGGGCUACACAGAAGAUGGCACACAGACCCCAACACAAGAUAAGCAGAUUCCUGCAUUCAUGGCUGGAGCCCCUGCUGCCCCAGUGUUCUUGACAGAGCUGCAGAGCCAGGAUGUUCCAGAUGGUUACCCAGUCAGCUUUGACUGUGUUGUCAUUGGAAAGCCCCCUCCCAGUGUACGCUGGUUCAAGGAUGGCAAAUUACUGGAGGAGAAUGACCAUUACAUGAUCAAUGAAGACCAGGAGGGCUGCCACCAACUCAUCAUCACCAGCGUGCUGCCGUCUGACAUGGGUGUCUAUCGCUGCAUGGCUGAGAACAGCAGUGGCAUUGCAGCUACUAAGGCUGAACUCAGGGUUGACAUGUCUUGCAGCUCAGAUUAUGACACUGCAGCUGAUGCCACUGAGACAUCUUCCUACGUCAGUGCCAAGGGCUACGUGUCCAGGGAAACUGAGGCCUUUGAGUCAGUAGCUGAAGAUGAGCAGCUACCCCAAGUGGUGGAAGAGCUGCAUGAUGUUCAUGUCAGUCCAGGUUCACCCAUUGCUAAGAUGCAGCUAAGAGUGAAGGGUUUCCCCAAGCCCAGAGUGUACUGGUUCAAAGACGGCCACCCUCUGCGACCCACAGAAAGGAUUCUGUUGCUGACAGAGAGGGAUGUUCAUGGCUUGGAGAUCCUGGAGGUGAAGAGAGAGGAUAUGGGAGAAUAUUCAGCUUACAUCAGCAAUGCAGCCGGUUCUGCAUACUCCUCUGCACGACUGCUAGUUCUGAGUCCAGGGGAGAUGAUGCCUCAGGAUACAGCUAAAAAAGACUCCAAGGAGCCCCUGGUGCCACCUCGUUUUCUUGAGAAGUUCACCAACAGGAAGGUGAAACAAGGAGCCAGCAUCACUUUGUCUGUCAAAGUGGAAGGUUCUCCCACCCCUAUGGUCACCUGGCUAAAGGAGGAAUCAAUGGAAGAUGUGCUGUGGAUCAAGCCUGAUACAAAGGGGUACAAAAUAGCGAGCUCAGGGCGCCAGCACAGCCUCAUCUUGAUGGACGUGGGCACAGAGUACACUGGCACCUACACCUGUAUCGCCACAAAUAGGGCAGGACAGUCCAUCUUUACUGCCCACUUAGAAGUUGAUGAAACACCACGACCAAAGCCAGAGACCAAAGUCACAGAGGUUCUUGGGAUUACAGUCAGUCCUCCAGAGGAGGAGGCUAGCAGAGGAAAGGAGGGUAAAAUACCCUAUCUUGGUGAAGUUGGUUCAGAGGAAUUCCUCAUGAAGCUCACCUCCCAAAUCACUGAAAUGGUGUCAGCUAAGAUCACUCAAGACAGCUUACAGAAUCAGCAAGUGCUCCAGUGGAUGAAAUCAUGGCCCAAAACAUCCACUUCACUGCGUGUCCCAGGUGCAGACAGUGACGACGAGACCAAAACCCCCUCCCCAUCACCCCAUCAUGGUCACUCUCGUCCUCCCUCUCUCAUUGUUGAUUCCUCCUCUGAGUCUGAUGAGGGUGAUGCCAGGGGAGAGAUGUUUGACAUCUAUGUGGCAACGGCUGACUACAACCCCACCAUGGCAAGCUCAGAAUCCAUCUCUCUGAAGGAGGGACAGUAUGUUGAGGUUCUUGACUCAGCCCAUCCACUCAAAUGGCUUGUCCGGACCAAGCCCACCAAAACUACACCAUCCCGCCAAGGCUGGGUCUCACCUGCCUACCUUGACAAGAAACUCAAACUCUCUGCUGACACAGGUGAUCUUCCUGAGACCAGUGCGGAGGAGGUGUCUGAGGGUGAAUACAAGAGGAAGCUAUUGCAACUGAUACAGGACUUGAUAAAUGACGAAGCAGAGUUUGUCAAAGAGAUGGCGUUCUUUACCUCCCAUCACCUGAAGCAUGUGGACAGCACUGAUGCCCCAGCAGACAUCACCAGCCAGAAGGAGGUCAUAUUCCGCAACAUUGAAGCCCUCAAGGCCUUCCACAGCGAUGAUUUUCUCCCCAAGCUGAAUGAGUGUGACACGGAUGAUGAUGUUGCCAUGCGCUUCCUGAGGAGCAAGGAGGGCUUUGAGAAGUACCUCCAGUAUCUAGUAGGUCAGAGUGAGGCAGAAUCUGCUGUCAGUGACAAGACUGUCCACCGCUUCUUCAAGGACUACACAGAGAAGGAGCAGGCCAGUGCGGACCCUGCUGCCCCUCCUGUACUCAGCAUCAAUGCCUACCUCAAACGGCCACUGGACAGGAUUCAGAAAUACAAAGCCGUUCUGAAGGAGAUGAUCCGGAACAAGGCAAGAAAUGGUCAGAACUGCUGCCUACUGGAGGAGGCCUAUGCCAUGGUGUCAUCACUUCCUCAGCGCUCAGAAAAUACCCACCAUGUCUCCAUGAUCGAGAACUACCCUGCCACCCUGGAAGUACUAGGAGAGCCCAUUAGACAGGGACCCUUCCAAGUGUGGGAGGGUGCUCCUGGAAUUAGGACGUCCUCCAGAGGUCACCACCGCCACGUCUUCCUCUUUAAGAACUACUGUAUAAUCUGUAAACCCAAGAGAGACAGCAACACUGAUACUCAGGCCUAUGUCUUUAAAAACAUGAUGAAGCUAAAUAACAUUGAUGUGAAUGAGACAGUGGAAGGUGAUGACCGUGCCUUUGAGAUCUGGCAUGAACGCGAGGACUCUGUACGGAAGUACACCCUGCAGGCCCGCACAGUUACCAUCAAGAAUUCAUGGCUCAGAGAUUUCCGAGAACUUCAGCAGCGCUAUAGCAUGCCUGCAUGGAGUCCCCCUGAUUUUGAUGAAAUUCUGGCAGACUGCACAGCCGAGCUGGGACAGACUGUUAAGCUUGCCUGCAAGGCCACUGGAGUACCCAAACCUGUGGUCACCUGGUACAAAGAUGGACGUGCAGUGGAGGCUGAUCCUCAUCACAUUAUCAUCGAAGACCCUGAUGGCUCCUGCACACUGAUCCUGGAUAACAUGACAGCAGAUGAUUCUGGCCAGUAUAUGUGCUUUGCCACCAGCUCAGCCGGCAAUGCUAGCACUCUUGGAAAGAUCACCGUUCAGGUGCCCCCUCGCUUUGUGAACAAGUUGAGGAAUGCCAUCUUUGUUGCUGGCGAGGAUGCCCAGUUCACUUGCAUCAUACAGAGUGCACCCAGCCCCAAAAUCAGGUGGUUCAAGGACAGUAGGCUGCUGACCGACCAGGAGAAGUAUCAGACCUACAGUGACACUCGUAGUGGGGUGCUGGUCCUAGUAAUAAAAGGCCUGACAGAGAGAGACUUGGGACGCUAUGAGUGCGAGUUGUCCAAUCGUCUGGGCAGUGCCAAGUGUGCUGCUGACUUAAUCCUCCCGUCUGCUGUGGCUCGCACUGGAGAGCAGGCCAUCAGCAUCGAAGUUACUGAGCAGGAGACUAAAUUACCAAAGAAAACCAUCAUCAUUGAGGAAACUAUAACCACUGUGGUGAAGAACACACGAAUGAAGAGGCACAAAUCUCCUGGCAUGACUAUUGCCGGCGCCCACCGCUCUGAGACCUCUACCCCGGAGCCACCUGCAGCCAGGCAGAGGAGGCUGCCCACUCCAAGGAAGACCACUAUCCCCACCCUCUAUGUUACUGAGCCUGAAGGUGCUGAAGCCAGGGCAGUGGACAGCAAACCCAAGUGGGUUGAAGUAGAAGAGAUAAUUGAGUACAAGGUCAAUAAAUCCCCCAGGCUGCCUAGGAGAAGAGGCAUCUCACCAGCAGGGUCUGAUAGAGCAAGCACCCCGUCUGGUGCCAGAGUGAAGAGGUCCCCACCGGAUAACCCAAAUGCCAACAAUUCCAACAACAAGCUUGUGGAGCAAGCCCAGGCUCAGCUGGAGGGAGACGUUAGCCAGCCUCUAGCCUGGGAGGAAGAGGAGAGUGAUGCUCUCCCUGGAUCUGCCUCUGGAAUCACAGAAGCUCUUGAUGUCUCAUCUGUCCCAGCUCAGGAUGGAGAAGACAGCACGGACCAGGAUGAUCAAGAAACUGUCAUAGUCGAGCCUGAUGAUGACGACCAUGGAAGUGACCUACUCAGAGAGCGGGAGCCUAAAAUCCUGACCCAAGGCGACCAUGUUUUAACCCUUGAGGACUUGGAGGACUACAUCCCAGAGGAAGGAGAGACCUACGGCGCCUCAAACACCCACUGCCGCCCUGCUGAGAAGCCCUGUGAGAUUUCGGUGCUCCAGAGGGAGAUUGGUGGGUCCACAGUGGGCCAGCCUGUGCUCCUCAAUGUGGGACGACCUGUUGUGAUCCCGAGGCAGAGGCCGGGUUUCUUCAGCCGUUUCAGGGAGCAUUUCCCGAGUGGUCUUUUCUCAUCCGCUGUCCCGCAAGCCAGUGGGACCCAGUCCAGGAGGGAGAGGGACGUCCCUAUCCAAGUGAGCCACGCAAAGCUGGAAGUCAAGCCCUCAUACUGCUCAGAGGUGCAGAGAGUAGAGGGUGGGCAGCAGAGCUUCAAAACCAAAGUUUCAACCCAGACCUACGGCUACACUUCAGUGGGCAACCCGGUCACUCUUCAAAUCCGUGAUAACUACCAGAACCAGUAGCCGAGAAAAUUACUGGAGUACAAGCAAACCAUUUUAAUUUGGCACCAUAGCCCUCUUAGUCUUAAAUGGGGACAUUUAUACUUAAAUGAUAAAAAAGCAACCUUACCUUCUAACCUUAUAUUUACUGCAUAUGACGGACCAUUCCAUUUUGAAGCAAUCCAUCAAAAAAGGGAGUUGUUUUUU